ACCGCCUUCUUUGCUUAUUGUUGAUAUGACAUUUAUGUUUGUUGACGUACUUGUUCACAAGUUUCGUUUUUUGCUUUUGUUUUAUUAUUAUUUUCUAGCUCUAAUUUCUUUAUCACAUGUCCAGUAUUUGCAAUGGAGUCAAAACCGAUUUAUAUUCUACGUCGGACGAUUCGCUGGGAAGCGUUGAGUUACGAAAUAAUAAAGCGUAUUUUGAAGAAGAAGAUAUCGCGACUGAAGCAUUCAAGGGUUUCGAGAAGAUACCUGUGGUACUCUUACCGCGAUAUGAUAUAACUCCAUAUUUAGUUGAAUAUAAUAACGUCCUGGAACAAGGCACGAAAGUUUCCCCAAAAGCAAUCUCACCGCAUAUGGAUAAACUUUUGCGCGGCUGUACUGUUAAAUUAAUACAAGAGGACUUGGAGAAGUUGAAACAAGUGGCCUGCCAAGGUUCUCCUAGAUCUGAUAUUUCAAUAAGUGAAUUUAGUGAAACUAUGGGCCAUUUGAAGUGUAAAAUUUGUGAAAAAGUUUAUGCCAGUGAAAAAAAAUUGCAGAAUCAUCAAGAAAACAAGCAUGUGCUUGUUUACAAGCCUCAGAGUAAGCCGCAGAAGAAAGUGUCCUUUUCUGAUACUGUAAUUAUUCAUGAGGUAAAGGAGUAUCAUAAGUGUAGAAAGUGUUCGAGGAUAUUUGAAGAGUAUAAAUUGUUGAAGAUGCACAUGAAAGAGCGGCACAGAAAACGUAAAUGUUACAUCUGCAAUUAUUGUAGUAAAAGUUUCAUGGAUAGAAUGUUUUUUAAAAUUCAUAUUCGACUGCAUUGUGAUAUCUGUGGCAUGCUGUUCCCUAAUAAAAGGAAUUACGUAGAGCACAGACGAUUUGUGUGUAGGGUGCUAAAAAUGCAUGAGUGCGGAAUCUGUAAGGAGUCAUAUUUCAGAUUUAUGGACCUGAAAGACCAUAGUUACCAACAUUUGGGCUUGUUCUUCAUAUGUGAUAUAUGUAAAGAUCAAUUCAUAACAAAAUGUGCGGUGGCACAUCAUAUAAAAUUCUUACACUCCAAGUGUCGACCUGCAUCAUUAUAUGAUAUGAGAAUUUUGGGCACAGAGAGGUUAUAUCUGUGCAAUUUCUGUGACGAGAGCUCCGUCGAACGUGAAGUUAUUGAACAGCAUGUACAGACUCUUCCGGAUUUAACGAAUCGAGCAAUGACGGGUUACAAAGACUACUAUUUCUGUGAUCAGUGCUUAAAAAAAUUCGACACAGAGAAGAACAUGCUGCAACAUAAAUGGACACAUUUUCUUAAAACAAGCGACAAUUCCCAGUUAAGGGAAAAGGCUUUGAGUAAAGCCCCAAUUAAAACUACUUAUAAGAUAGGGGAAGAGAUUCCCGAUUAUAUGCAGCCCAAGUUAGUGUUAGAGAAAAUAAAGGUGGGAGGGAAAAUAUUAACUGAUACUAUUGAUUUUAUUGAUGUCAACAGUUUCGACAUCAACCGUGGAGAGAUCAAGAAAGCCAUAGUGGAUCCUCGGAGAAAGAAGACUAUUAUAUCCAGAUAUCAGUGCCAGAUCUGCACAAAAUAUUAUUCGUCGCGAUACUGCCUCAACCGCCACUUGCUGACUCAGCACAAUGAAUACGAGCAGCUAAGAUGCGACACUUGCGAAGAAACGUUCGUCUGGCCGUCCCUCCUGAGGUCGCACAACUGCAUUCGUCUAAACCUUCCCGAAAUGCCUUUCGACGACGCCAGACCUGAAAUACACUUUGAUAACCUGAACGAGAUCACUCAGAAUGGAUUUGAUGACUUUAACAUCACGGAUAAUGAUGAUUAUAUGAACGCCAUAGACUUUGAAAUACCUGAACCUAUUGUUACAUUGAGUGAAUGUAACACACCGUAUAUUCCUAGUGAUGAUAUGUCGCAUUUGCAGAGUUUUGGUUACAAAGUGGUCGUACAAGAAGUGCCUAUUGAAUUUUAACCUAUUUUAAAGUUAUAUUUCUGAAUCCAAUUUUAGCUUUAAACUAAUCAAAUUAUAUACAUUACGGUCCAAAUCCGAAAGGUUAUGAGGCCGGUUCAAAAUCGAAAACACGAUGACCAAGACGAUUCAAGAAAUGGUUAUACGAAGCUUGGCUAAAAUCGAUUAAAUCAAAGACCAAUUCCAAUUUGAAUAUAGAUUGAGCUUGAAAAAUAAUGUACGAAUUAAAAACUUUAUUUAUGAC